CCGGAAGUUGUGUCUUGGUGGAUGGCGUUUUUUCUUAAAUUCUUGGUGACUGUUCUUCCAAUUUAGAAAGACUUCGGGAACGUGUUCCUCAUUUGCAUAUCUCCUGAGACUUCCAGGAUGUCUACGAUUCCUGCAGAAGAGAGCGACCAGCUGCUGAUCCGACCCCUUGGAGCUGGGCAAGAAGUAGGAAGAUCAUGCAUUAUUCUGGAGUUCAAAGGAAGAAAAAUAAUGCUGGACUGUGGGAUCCACCCUGGCCUAGAAGGAAUGGAUGCUCUACCAUACAUUGAUUUGAUUGACCCAGCUGAGAUUGAUCUCCUAUUAAUUAGUCAUUUCCAUUUGGAUCAUUGUGGAGCUUUGCCCUGGUUUCUACAGAAGACAAGUUUCAAAGGAAGAACAUUUAUGACUCAUGCCACAAAAGCUAUUUAUAGAUGGCUUCUUUCAGAUUAUGUCAAAGUUAGUAACAUAUCAGCAGAUGACAUGCUGUACACUGAAACGGAUUUGGAAGAAAGCAUGGACAAAAUUGAAACUAUCAACUUUCACGAAGUUAAGGAAGUUGCAGGUAUCAAAUUUUGGUGUUACCAUGCAGGCCAUGUCCUGGGAGCCGCCAUGUUCAUGAUCGAGAUUGCAGGCGUGAAGCUUUUGUACACAGGUGAUUUCUCAAGACAAGAAGAUAGACACCUAAUGGCAGCUGAAAUUCCUAACAUCAAACCUGAUAUUCUUAUCAUUGAAUCUACUUACGGGACCCAUAUCCACGAGAAACGUGAAGAGCGAGAAGCCAGGUUCUGUAACACUGUCCAUGACAUUGUCAAUAGAGGGGGCAGAGGACUCAUUCCUGUCUUUGCUCUUGGAAGGGCUCAAGAGCUGCUCUUGAUUCUAGAUGAGUACUGGCAGAAUCACCCAGAACUACAUGACAUUCCAAUAUAUUACGCAUCAUCUUUGGCAAAGAAGUGUAUGGCAGUGUACCAGACAUAUGUAAAUGCCAUGAACGACAAAAUCCGCAAACAGAUCAACAUCAAUAACCCAUUUGUUUUCAAACACAUCAGUAACUUAAAGAGCAUGGACCAUUUUGAUGACAUCGGCCCCAGUGUUGUAAUGGCCUCCCCAGGCAUGAUGCAAAGUGGCUUAUCCCGAGAGUUGUUUGAAAGCUGGUGUACUGAUAAGAGGAAUGGCGUCAUCAUAGCAGGGUACUGUGUAGAAGGUACACUUGCCAAGCAUAUCAUGUCUGAGCCUGAAGAAAUCACCACCAUGUCUGGGCAGAAGUUACCACUGAAAAUGUCUGUUGAUUACAUUUCUUUCUCUGCUCACACAGAUUACCAGCAAACCAGUGAAUUUAUUCGUGCUUUGAAACCGCCUCAUGUGAUUUUAGUCCAUGGAGAACAGAAUGAAAUGGCCAGACUGAAAGCAGCACUGAUACGCGAAUACGAAGAUAAUGAUGAAGUUCACAUAGAAGUUCACAAUCCUCGGAAUACAGAGGCAGUGACCUUAAACUUCAGAGGAGAAAAGCUGGCCAAGGUCAUGGGCUUUUUAGCAGACAAAAAACCAGAACAAGGCCAGCGAGUCUCAGGAAUACUUGUUAAAAGGAACUUUAAUUAUCACAUACUUUCUCCUUGUGACCUAUCCAAUUAUACCGACCUAGCCAUGAGCACUGUGAAACAAACCCAAGCCAUUCCAUAUACUGGGCCCUUUAAUUUGCUCUAUUACCAGCUACAGAAAUUGACAGGUGAUGUAGAAGAAUUAGAAAUUCAAGAAAAACCUGCUCUGAAAGUAUUCAAAAAUAUUACUGUAAUACAGGAACCAGGCAUGGUGGUACUAGAAUGGCUGGCAAACCCUUCUAAUGACAUGUACGCAGACACAGUGACAACUGUGAUACUAGAAGUUCAGUCAAAUCCAAAAAUAAGGAAAGUUGCAGUACAGAAGGUUUCUAAGCAGUUAGAACUGCACGUGUACAGCAAGAGGCUAGAAAUCAUGCUCCAAGACAUAUUUGGAGAAGAGUGUGUGAGUGUGAAAGAUGGCUGUCUGCUAAGUGUCACAGUAGAUGGGAAAACAGCUAAUGUUAACUUGGACACACGGACCGUGGAGUGUGAAGAAGGAAGUGAAGACGAUGAAUCCCUCCGGGAAAUGGUGGAACUGGCUGCACAAAGACUGUAUGAGGCCCUUACCCCAGUUUAUUGACCACCUGUGUUGCUCUACAUGUUAAAACUUUUUAAAAUGCUGACUCUACUUCUGUUACUUCAAAUAAAAUACCUUCCUUUAUCUGGGUAACCUGUUU